AUGCCAAAGAUCCUUCCCGAAGACGCCUCGUACCGCAACCAAUCGUGGGCGCUGGUGGCGCUCUGCGCGAUUGUUGCGCAGUACUUGCUCGACAACGCCAAAUACACCUUCCCCGAUGUCCUGCGCAUCGCAUGCACCAACGUCCUGCCCGUUGUCACGUUCAGCCUGCUCCACGGCCGCCACAUCACCCUCCAGCGAGUUGCUGCCCUGCGCAUCUCGCACACCAAACCGGCGUUCGACGCGGCGAUGAAAAACAAGACCAUCCUCACCCACGACGGAAUGUCAACCAUCUUCCGACUGCUCUCCAGCACCGCGCUGCUAUCCAACCUGCCGUUGCUGUACUACCACUUGAUGCAGGGCAGGGUUGCCAAGUGGUGGUAUGCGGUGGAGAAGCCCGUGGCGUGGGUGUUCGCAGCGGUGAAUUUGACAAUCGUGGGCGUGUGCUGGGCCAUGGUGCUGACGCAGGAGCAGAUGCGGGCCGAUUUCGUGGCGGAGGUCAGGGAUGACGAAGUGGCCCUGGACAAGUUGGGCAAGGGCAGCAAGAAGGAUCGCAACGAGUGGGCCAAGCUUGCCAGCACGUCGAGGAGGCACGAUGUAUGGAUCAAGCCGGUCCUCUUACCGAACGGCGAUGCAGUCGGCGUCUACGAGAUGGCUACACGCUUAGCCACCAACCACCCCCUGUACAACGCUGAGCUCGACACAAAACCCUCCGGCCCCAUCCUACGCAUCUCGAUGCCCUGA